AUGCUCACUGCAGCAGCAAUUGCACCUUUCGUGGACGAGGUUGUCAUUCUUGACAAGGAAGCCGCGUUGAACGGAGGCGGCACCGAAGAAGAGCUCCGUCAGGAAUUCGCUGCCACUGGAGCAAAGCUCGCGGAUCGCGCAAAGCUGCGCAAGGGAGUACCUCAGUACAUCCAUCCACAUGGCCUGCUCUGCAGAGCCACACAUUCUGUCGAGCUGCUGCUGCCUGGAUGGCUGGAGCUUGCCAAACGGCUGGGCGGCAGAAUUACUCUGCCGGGCCGCGUGAAAACGUUCUAUAAGGGGCUCUGGACGCACCAUCCGGUGGACACCACAGGCCUCAUAACUCUCUCCGGCUCGCGAGGACUCAUCGAGGAAAGCAUCCGCGCUCAGCUGCUGACGCUGUGCUCCAAUGUGCACAUUCACUGCGGCUGCUGGGCGGCUGCCCCGCUGUGGAGUGCAGACGGCAGCUGCCUGGAAGGCGUGGUGACUAAGGCCGGGCAGGAGUUCUGGGCGGAUUUGGUGAUCGAUGCGGCCGGCCGCCGUUCGCCGGUGCCGGGUUGGCUGGAGGGCGGGGGGUACGCCCCUCCCCCAGAGGUGGAGGUGGACCCCCACGUCACCUACUCCUCCCGCCUGUAUAGGCUGCCCCCCACGGAAGUAGAGAACAAGGACUGGGAUGUGAUCUACAUCCGGCCCACAGCACCCAACACACGAGGCGGUCUGCUGCAAACAAUCGAAGGCGGCCUACUCCUGUGUUGUGUGUGGGGCUACAGCGGGGACCAUCCACCUCAGGACGAGCAGGGCUUCCUCGAUUUUCUCGCCUCCCUGGAAAGAAGGGAUAUGUACGAGGCUGUCAAGGAUGCAGAGCCCCUGACGAAACCUGUGGCAUACUCUGGCAUGACUAAUCUGAGGCGCCUCUACGAAGACAUCCCCAUGCCUGGCCGCCUGGCCGUCGUGGGAGACUCACUGGCAGGCUUCAAUCCGGUGUACGGUCAGGGCAUUGGCGUGGCCGCCAUAGAGGCAGAGACCUUGAAGAAACUGCUGCAGGAGAGGGCAAGGGAAUGCGAUUCAGGCAAGCUGGCGGCUGCUGACCUGGGCGCCUUGGCUGCUCCAUACCAGGCGAUGGCCAAGCACAUCGUGGACUUCCCCUUCUCAAGGCCGAAGAAGGCACUUGUGGAGAAGCUGAUGGGCAGCUACCUGGAAGCUCUCAUGAAGCUGGCAGCCAGCGACAUGGCAGCCUUCAAGGCAGUCCAGGAGGUGAUGAACAUGAUGACAGGGCCUGACUCAUUGAUCCGCCCUGGACUGAUGGUCAAGGCCCUGCGCAUGCGCUUUGCAGAACUGCUGUCUGCAUAG